CUGUUGGCUCGGUUACUCUGGAGCCGGGUCCGGAUCUGGUGGCUGCCCGCCCUCCAGAGCUCGCCAUGGGGAGCACGGAGAGCAGCGAGGGCCGUAGGGUGUCCUUCGGAGUGGACGAGGAGGAGCGGGUCCGGGUGCUGCAGGGUGUCCGGCUGUCUGAAAACGUGGUGAACCGCAUGAAGGAGCCCAGCUCUGCACCCCCUGCUCCUGCACCUUCUACCUUUGGCCUUCAGGAUGGCAACUUGAAAGCCCCUCACAAAGAAUCCACACUGCCCAGGUCGGGGAGCAGUGGUGGCCAGCAGAUCUCAGGGGCAAAGGAGGAUGUCAAGAGGUAUGAACAGGAGCAUGCUGCUGUCCAGGAUAAGCUCUUCCAGGUGGCAAAGAGGGAAAGAGAGGCUGCCACCAAGCACUCCAAGGCAUCCCUGCCCAUGGGUGAAGACAGCAUCAGCCUUGAGGAGCAGAAGUCAGUCCGGCUGCAGGCCAGGGAGCUGGAGAGCAGAGAGGCAGAGCUAAGACGCCGUGACAACUUUUACAAGGAGCAGCUGGGGCGUAUUGAGAGGAAGAGUGCUGAGAUGUAUAAACUGUCUUCACAGCAAUUCCAUGAGGCAGCUUCGAAGAUGGAGAGCACAAUAAAGCCCCGCAGGGUGGAGCCCGUCUGCUCAGGGCUGCAGGCCCAGAUCCUCCACUGCUACCGAGAUCGCCCGCAUGAGGUGCUGCUGUGCUCAGACCUGGUCAAGGCAUACCAACGCUGCGUGAGCGCCGCCCACAAGGGCUGAGGAGCAGACGUCGUUCCCUGCCCUGGCAGUGACUUGGAGCCCUGAAGAAGGGACCAAUCAUGGGACCACAGUCCACAGAGCCCUAGGCCACAGACACUGUGCCCUGCCGUUUCCUGCUGGGCCCCUGCAUAUGCCCCUGAGCCUGGGGCUGCCAUGUGUUUAGGAAACAAAGUAUGCGCUACUGUCUGAAAACAAAUAAAGCAGAUGCCUUUGUUUUCAGUC